AUGGAGAGAAAAUUGAUAAACAGGAUAGAAUCAGAAUUUGAAACUUUGGUCAUGGAUGAAAGGAAGGGUAUUGAUUGCGUUCCUUUCAGUAAUCCAAUUGCUGUUAACCUUCAAGAUGAAUCUACAUAUUAUCACUCAAUUUAUGUUGUAUACAAUCCGUCCAUGAAGCAUUGCAAAACCCUUCCUGCACCUCCAUUCAGAGAAGCUCCUGUCAUCGGUAUAGAAAGAAGUAGAAAUAUAGUAGAUAUCAGGAAAGAUGUGCUUCAUAUUGGAAUUUACUCUUCCAAGACAGACUCUUGGAGAGAUGCAGGAGAACCCUUUCCUUUCCCAUCACCUGUUAGAUUAUGGCAGUCUGGCGUGUAUUGGAAGGGUUCAGUGCACUGGAUUGACCAGUGGAGCGGAACUCUUCAUUAUUUUAAUAGUGAUUGUGAAUCAAUGAAGACAGUUGCAAUGCCAGUGCAGUCGUAUUCCGGAGGAGAUUAUAGUAAGCAUAUUUUAUACUUUGGCGAGUGCAAGGGGCAUGUGCAUCUUAUGUUGAUGGUCAAGGGCGACAUCCCCCGUUUUGACAUUUGGGAGAUGCGAAUGGAGUAUUCGGGAUGGAAUGUCAAGUAUUGCGUUGAUCUUAGUCCAUUAACAACUGUGUAUCCUAGCAUUCUACUAGAAAGAGCUCAAUUCUUCGGUCGUUUUGCAUUGGAUAUACUGCUUAUUGAGGAAGGCGAAGAUUCAUCAAGGUUAAUAUUAUGGAUACCGGAGAACAAGAUGAUAUCUUUUGACCUUGAUAAUAAGAAUUUUAAGGAAAUGUAUGAUGUUAAUCCAGGUGUUCGUGUACAGGGAUUUCAAUACAUGGAAGCACUCUCUCAUGUUUGA